AUGUGCUUUGAAACACAAAACUCACUGCGCACCCCUAAAAGAAAUCUAGGAACUUGUCCUCACUCAGGUCGUGUUGUUUUGGAUCAUCAGAUAUACGUGAAUGGCAAAGAGCAGUACACAUUCAAGCACCGUAUACCACUGGAAAAAGUAUCAGCAAUAAAUAUCAAUGGGGAUGUUGAUGUGAACCUUUUUGGCUUCAUACAAAACUGGAGCACAUCUUCAUUUCAUACAGAAGUUACAUCAAAAAUCAUCAGUUUGGGCAGCUCACGUGGGGAACGUUCCACCGUACAGUCAGAGAUCUUGCAGCCAGUCCAAAACCCUAUCCUUCCUUAUGCGGGUCCAAUUUCAGGAGGACUGAGAGAAGGAAUGGCCUUGUACUUGCAGGGAGUUGUUCCUACUAAUGCUGACCGGUUUGCAGUAAAUUUCAAGACCGGGUCAUCUAAAACUGAUGACACUGCUUUCCACUUCAAUCCCCGAAUGGGCUCAAAUGUGGCCAUGAACAGCUUCAGGGAUGGAAAAUGGGAAAGUGCAGAAAGUGUCUCUGACAACCCCUUUAAAAAGGGAGAAGCUUUUAAAAUGUUCAUGGUCAUCAAAUCCGAAGGAUAUCAGAUAUACGUGAAUGGCAAAGAGCAGUACACAUUCAAGCACCGUAUACCACUGGAAAAAGUGUCAGCAUUAAAUAUCAAUGGAGAUGUUGCUGUGAACCUUUUUGGCUUCAUACAAAACUGGAGCACAUCUUCAUUUCAUACAGAAGUUAUAUCAAAAAUCAUCAGUUUGGGCAGCUCACGUGGGGAACGUUCCACCGUACAGUCAGAGAUCUUGCAGCCAGUCCAAAACCCUAUCCUUCCUUAUGCGGGUCCAAUUUCAGGAGGACUGAGAGAAGGAAUGGCCUUGUACUUGCAGGGAGUUGUUCCUACUAAUGCUGACCGGUUUGCAAUAAAUUUCAAGACCGGGUCAUCUAAAACUGAUGACACUGCUUUCCACUUCAAUCCCCGAAUGGGCUCAAAUGUGACCAUGAACAGCUUCAGGAAUGGGGGAUGGGAGUCUGAGGAAAGUGUGUCCGACAACCCCUUUAAAAAGGGAGAAGCUUUUGAGAUGUUCAUGGUCAUCAAAUCCGAAGGAUAUCAGAUAUACGUGAAUGGCAAAGAGCAGUACACAUUCAAGCACCGUAUACCACUGGAAAAAGUGUCAGCAUUAAAUAUUAAUGGAGAUGUUGCUGUGAAACUUCUUGGCUUCAUACAAGACUGGAGUACAUCCUCAUUUGUUACUAAAGUCAAGUCAAAAAUCAUCAGUUUGGGCAGGUCACGUGGGGAACGUUCCACCAUACAGUCAGAGAUCUUGCAGCCAGUCCAAAACCCUAGCCUUCCUUAUGUGGGCCCAAUUUCUGGAGGACUGAGAGUAGGAAUGGCCUUGUACGUGCAGGGAGUCGUUCCUACUAAUGCUGACCGGUUUUCAAUCAAUUUCAAGACUGGGCCUACUGACAAGCAUGACAUUGCUUUCCAUUUUAACCCCCGAAUGGGCUGGAAGGUGGCCAUGAACAGCUCUACCAAUGGAAAAUGGGGAGCUGAGGAAAGUGUCUCUAACAACCCAUUUAAAAAGGGAGAAGAUUUUGAGAUGUUCUUCAUCAUCAAAUCAGAAGGAUAUCAGGUACAAAUAAAAGGCCAACAACACAGCAUGUUUAAGCACCGCAUCCCUUUGGAAAAAGUUACUACAAUCCACAUUCAUGGGAAUGUCUCCAUCAGCUUCCUUGGUUUUGUCAUGGGUAUGUGAACAGGAGCAUUUCUGUGGCUGCAUUUUCAGAGAAUAAUUUUUAAAUCAUGCAUGUCCUCAUCUUGAUAUUUACUCAUCAAGUAUCAUUGAUUUCAAUCUAAUCCAUUAUACCACAAAUCAUGGUUACUGCUUAUAUUGCAAUGAAAGAAAAUAAAUCAGAUUUUCUUAAACCACA